AUGGAGUUUGAAUUUAGGACGUCUAGAGAUCCCCCCCAUAUACAGUAUGCGAUGCUAAUGGAAACAUUGAGUGCAUACUUGGUCCUGCUAUCCUUGGUUGAAUUUAAGGAUAAGGGUGAGUUUUGCACUUUGGAAAUUCACCAUGGGGGUGUUGUACAAGAUGGGGAGUAUAAGGGGAGGACAUUGUGUUAUUUGGACAACUGUGUGGAUGAGUAUCUAUCACUCUUGGAUUUAAGGAAAAUAGGUAUAGCGUUAGGAUAUGAAGUGGACCUAACUAAGAAGGAGAUAGGUUUGCAAAUACAUUGUAAGAUGUAUGACAGUAAUGGUGAAACUAAUGUAAAGCUCAUUGACAAUGACAGUGUUAUAUGUGACAUGGUUGGCUGCAUAACAAGUAAUAGAGUGUUAGUGUUAUACUAUACUCACAAAACAAAAAAAAAGCGAAACGACAUGGACUCAACUCAAACAUCUGUGGAAUGGCCUAGUUUGUAG